AUGGCUGGACACGACUACGAAAUCACAGAUGUGGUUAUCUGUGGCUGCGGCCCGACCGGGGCGAUGCUAUCAGCAUAUCUUGGUCGACUUUCUGUUCGACAUAUAGUGCUGGAAAAAGAGGACGGGAUAACCACGGAUCCGCGGGGUAUUGCGCUCGAUGAAGAUGGGAUCCGUCUACUUCAGGGAGUUGGGAUUUACAAGCAUAUGUAUACGGAUAUUGGGACUUGUAUGCAAAAGUUCAAAUUCAUUGGAGGGACGGAGAAAACGCUUGAUACUGCUCCUUUUCUGGAAAUGGAUUAUGGGACGACCCAAGGUGGCACCGGCCAUGUAGGCUUCAUAUGCCACAAGCAGCCAACCCUGGAGAAACAUCUUCGGAAUGCAAUGACCUCUUCCGAAUUCUGUCAAUUGAGAUCAAACUGCACCGUUUUCGAAAUCCGCGAAGACGAAAACUACGCCUAUUGUCGCUACCGCGGUAUAAAAGGAAACACGCACACAAUAAAAUCCCGAUUCUUCGUCGGCGCAGAUGGUAAAACGGGCUUUACCAGGAAGAAUUACCUCGAACCAUUGGGAAUCCACCUGGAACAAGCUCAUAAAGCAUUCUACGACGAAACCUGGGUAGCACUAAACUGGAAAGUAACUCUACCCACCCCAACCACCCAUCCAGACUUCCCACUAUGGGAACUAGGCUUCACACCCCAGCAAGUCUACGACCUCUUCUUCCCAGCCAACUUCCGCUUUAUCUGCAACCCGGACCGUCCUGCUGUAUGCGGUUGCUUCGGCCUUCCGAAAGACAGGUUAUGUCGAUUCGAGUUUGUUGUUCGCAGUGAUGAAAAUGGAGAUGAGAUGGCCAGGCCUGCGAAGAUCAAGGAGGUUGUUUUUCCGUAUUUCUCGCAUGCUGGGAGUCGUUAUGGGUUAUCACAGGAUGUUCGAUUCCCGGAAGAUUGCAUCCACAUCCUCCGCUCCCGGCCAUUCAGAUUCGCUGCAAGAAGCUGUAAUGAGUGGUUUCGUGAUCGAGUCGCUCUCUGCGGUGAUGCUGCGCAUGUUUUCCCUCCAUUUGGUGGCCAAGGCAUAGCCUCCGGCUUCCGCGAUGCAGUCUCCCUAUCCUGGCGUCUAGCCCUUCUCACCCGCCAACAAUCCUCCGCCAGCCCCUUCCACACCCCCAAAACCAAUCACCAAGAAAUCCUCUUAUCCUGGUCCCGCGAACGCAAGCAACAACUAACCCGCUCCCUCGCCGCCACAAUCGCCAACGGCAAGGUCGUAACAGAGCGCAACCCGCUCAAGAUCUUCCUCCGCGAUUGGUACCUCUAUAUUCUCUCGUUUAUACCAAGUUUCCAGCGAGGUCUGAGUCUCGGGCAGAGGAAAGAGGGCAUGAUCCGGUAUGAGUAUGCGGAUGGGAUGCCGUUCGUUCCGGGGUUUGGGGGCGGGGUUUGUGCGCCACAGGUUUAUGUCUCUGCUUGGGGACGAAAUGCAGAGGUUUCAUUUAGUGAUGACAUACUCUUUUCGAGGGGAAAGAAGGCUCUCUUUCAAGUUUUGGUUUACAUCCGAGAUCCGAGAGAAUUGUCCUUCGCGCGAAAGGUCGUCACAGACAUCGAGCAAACAUCAAAUGGCGAACUAUCUGCCAACGAAGCAACUUUCAUCAUCGAGACUACUGUAUCUACCCCGGUCCCAGAGACGAAUGAUAAUAUGCUCCCAGUCUGCAGACUCGCUACUGCAGAGGAAUUUGCCGAAUCGCCAUUAUGCCGAGGACGGCCGGAGCCGCGGUAUUACAAUCCCUAUUAUCUUGGGGAGAUUGUGGGUGGUGGCAGUGUUAGAUAUGUGAUUGUGAGGCCAGAUCGGUUUGUGUAUGCUUCUUGUGAUAAUAAGAGGGAUUUGGAGGGUGUUGUUGUUGGGUUGGUGGGAUACCUGAGAGGUGAGUAA